AUGGACUUGAGUGCCCCUGGUGAAAAGCGUUUGCUGCAAUUGAAUGAGUUAGAUGAAUUUAAAAUGGAAGCUUAUGAAAAUUCAAAACUCUACAAGGAACGAACCAAGAAGUGGCAUGACAUGCACACUCAGAGACGAGUAUUCGAAGUGGGGCAGCAAGUGCUACUGUAUAACUCGAGACUCAAGCUGUUCCCAAGAAAACUACGUUCACGGUGGUUGGGUCCUUACACUGUCACAAAAGUCUUACCAUACAGAGUUAUACAAGUCAGCCAUAAGACUAAAGGGAACACCUAUGAAUAUGGUGAAAGUCAUGAGAAAAGACGCGAAAAGGACUAA